AUGGAUUCUCCUGCGUGGAUGUUUACGAAGGCUCUUUCUCACCGUCAAAAGGUGUGUAGACUGUUCAAAAGAGCACUGAGGGAAAUGGACGCAUGGUACGGAGGAGAUCUAUUGGAAGUUAGGUAUCAAAAAGUGAUUAUGCGCGCUCGCUUUGAUGCCAAUAAGGACGAAAAGGAUCCGAAGAAGGCUCAAUUGCUUCUUGCCGACGGAUGCCGCCAAAUAUGGGAGAAAAGGCAUUGGAAACCUUUCAGAUUUGCCCAGGACCCUUUUGGAACUGCUUACGCUCGGGAUCGCGAAUCACCAGAUCAAGUCCUUGAUGAUCAGUAUACCUUGCCUGAACGAGAACAGUUUCCUUAUUAUUUUAAUAGGCGAGAACAGAGGAAGAAAGAACUUUUGGAACACUGGCACAAGAUUGAAGAGGAAUGGGAUAAAGAACUGUCGAAGAUACAAACUGUAGUACCGAAAUCCAGCAGUGCUUCUUCGUGA